GUUUCUGGUCGUUUCAGCCGUGGCCAUAUGUUCUUAUAAUCAUAUUGUGGACUGAAGCUAUAGGGAAUCUAAUGAAAGAUUUUUAAUUCCGACUGUCUUUUUGUUGAUGACAACAUGUCCGCAUAUACCAACAAGUCGGGUGUGACAUCUAUUUUAAAAACAUUUUCCGCUGCGGCGAAAGCCAAAGCAGUGGCGGCAAACAAAGUUCGAUUUUCCACUCCUAAAGAAAAGGGUCUUGCUGAAUCAGUGCGAGUGGCCGUAGAAGAAGGAAAUUUUCAUUUCGUGAAGGAGUUUACCUUUUUUAUUCAGGAAGCUGAGCUAAACGAUGACGAAGUUUUGACAAUCAUUCAAGAUGCUAAAAGAAAUAUUCACAAUUUAACUCCUGAUUUUGUAAACCUGGUUGAGUCUCUGCUGUCACUUAGCUGGAAUAGACGCAAUUCUGAGAUUAUGGAAGCUUAUACUGAAUUUUGCGUUGACAUUAUGGUGGUUCAUAAUAGAUAUUUACCCAUUGGAGUGUCUAAAUUAAUUGUCCACUGGAUUCCUGACGACACGGACGCACAAGACUGGGUGAAUGGCUGUCCCCAGGAACAUACUCGAUAUCAGUUGAAACCUAUUCAUAGCGUAUUGAACCGCAUUUUAACUGCCGUGCCGAUGGCUUUUGAUGUAGUCAAUGAUGCCAUAUCUGCCAAAUUUCCUUAUUUCAAAAAACAACCUCAUGUUACGGCGGGGUAUCUGUUUAAUUUGCUUUGGCUAAUCGAGUACAAGCCGAUAUUUGAAGAAUUGACUUUGCAGCUGGUACUGCAAAAGCUUUUAAUAUUAGAUGUAAAUGCCCCGCGAGAUGAAAUUUUUGUGGAAACAGAAGAUGAUGGGGAAAUGGAUGCAGACAGCAUGUUCCAAAUAGAUGAUACAAACGCUGCUACAUUAGCGAACAAUGAAAAAACGGUGGACCAUCCUGUCGGCAAAACUUUAGAUGUAUGCCUUCUAAUGCUUUAUAAGUUCUUGGAAGACAAAUGUAGCAUUAAUCAACAAAGCAGCGACCAACAGCGUUGGAUGGCCAACCGCCUGUUUAAGAGUUUAAUGUAUAUAUUCGAUGAGGUUCUGUUGCCCAGCCACAACACCCAUCAUGUGCAAUUCUUGAUAUUUUAUGUCACUAGUAUUCGUUCGGCGUAUGCUGAGGCCUUUCUUAAUUCUCUCUGGCAAAAAGUUAAAAAUCCCAAUAUUUCGCCGAUUAUUCGCCACGCUGCAGUAGGUUACAUGGCUAGCUAUUUGGCUCGAGCCAAAUUUUUGCCACUAUGCACUGUUAUCUUUUACUUGAAAGAGAUGAGUAAUUGGGCUCAUACCUAUAUAGACGACUCGGAUGCGAAUAGCCAGUCUGGCUCGAUGAAGGCAAACUUGGUUUUCUACUCAGUAUGCCAGGCCGUAUUUUAUUUGAUUGCGUUUCGUGCAACAGAUUUGACUGCUACUUCAACGGACUUGCUUUUCUUACAGUCUCUUCAACUUUCCCGUCUCGCUAUGUGUCAUUUAAAUCCUUUGCGAUAUUGUCUAGCACCAGUGGCUACAGCCUUUGCUGGUGUAACAAGAACUUACCAGCUGGCCUACUGUCACACUGUUUUGGAGCGCAACGCUCGUCGGAAACUAGCCACGGUGUACGGCCAUGAAAAAAGUAUGCCCGAGGAGACGCUCGAAACUUUUUUUCCUUUUGAGCCUUAUUUGCUAAAGUUAUCGAAUAAAUAUAUUGAGAACAUCUACAUGGCUUAUAAUGGCAGUGACGCCGACGAUGACUGUAUGAACGAAUCUGCGGAGGGUCUUCCUUCACGAAAACGUGGUGACUCUGAGAUGGUCGAAGAAGAUGAAUUUAUUAUAGCGGACAAACGUCAAAAAGAACUGUCCAGAAGCCAAGAGUUAGAAAAACAUUUUCAGUUUGCAUCUUAGCCCAGACUUAGUACUAAAUUCUUUGUUAUUUAUUUUGCGGAGUUUUUUUUUAUAUUUAAAUAAAUAUAAUGCUUUUCUAUAAAUUGA